AUGUCGUUCUGCAAAGCGACCUUCCAGUCUCCGGUGACAUCAUCCGCCACGAUGCUGCGCUGUGUCCGGAGUCUUCCCACCACUCGUUCCACGCCGUCCCUUCGUCUAUUCUCUUCAUACGGAAAUGCACACCGCUCGUCCAAGCGUGACAUGCAGACGGCCACCGCAUAUCGCCCCCAUACCUUGCCGACGUCGUUCCCUCCGCCUCGCAGCCCUGGAUCCUCCGACACUUCCAUCUCCGCCGAGUUCCCUUCCCUCUGGGAAUCCCCCUCUCAGCAAGCUCCUAAGAAGCAAGAGGCUUCUUCCAAUGUCAGUCUCCGGGAAGGCGAGGCGCAGAAGUCGAAACCCGUCAGCUCCGCCUCGACGGCGGCAAAGCCCGCGGAAAAGCCCCGGAGGAAGCUUCGUCCCCGGAAGGCGGCCAUGAAGCUGACUCCAGUUGCCGUCGAGCAGCUCCGAAAGCUGCUGUCCCAACCCGAGCCCAAGAUGAUCCGGGUUGGCGUGAAGAACCGUGGCUGCUCUGGCCUUGCCUACCAUCUGGAAUACGUCGAGAAGCCGGGGAUGUUCGACGAGGUUGUGGAGCAGGACGGAGUGAAGGUGCUGAUUGACAGCAAGGCACUAUUCAGCAUCAUUGGCAGUGAAAUGGACUGGCAAGAGGACAAGCUGAGCCGGAGAUUCGUUUUCCGAAACCCCAAUAUCAAGGAACAAUGCGGAUGCGGCGAAUCGUUCAUGGUCUAG